AUGGACAUGUCCAAGUCCUCCUGGGUCGCCCUCGGCUGCGAGGGCUCGGCCAACAAGCUCGGCAUCGGCGUCAUCCAGCACACGCCCACGUCGACCACCAUCCUGUCCAACCUGCGCGACACCUUCAACGCGCCGCCCGGCGCGGGCUUCCUCCCCAAGGACACGGCCGCGCACCACCGCCGCGUCUUCGUGUCCCUCGCGCGGCGGGCCCUCCUCGCCGCCGGCAUCACCGACCCCGGCGCGCAGCUCUCGUGCGUGUGCUUCACGCAAGGGCCGGGCAUGGGCGCGCCGCUCACCUCGGUCGCCGUGGGGGCGCGCGCCCUGGCCUUACUCUGGCGCGUGCCGCUCGUCGGCGUCAACCACUGCGUCGGGCACAUUGAAAUGGGCCGCGCCAUCACCGGCGCCGACAACCCCGUCGUGCUGUACGUCUCGGGCGGCAACUCCCAGGUCAUUGCCUACGCCGAGCAGCGCUACCGCAUCUUUGGCGAGACGCUCGACAUUGCCGUCGGCAACUGCCUCGACCGCUUCGCGCGCACGCUCCGCAUCAGCAAUGACCCGGCCCCCGGCUACAACAUUGAGCAAAUGGCCAAGCGCGGCACCCGGCUCCUCGACCUGCCCUACACCGUCAAGGGCAUGGACUGUUCCUUCUCCGGCAUCCUCGCCAGCGUCGACGCGCUCGCCGCGCAGGUCCGAGCCGGCACCGCAGACUUUACCGCCGAAGACCUCUGCUUCUCGCUGCAGGAGACGGUGUACGCGAUGCUGGUCGAGAUUACCGAGCGCGCCAUGGCGCACGUCGGCUCGCGGCAGGUCCUGAUUGUCGGUGGCGUCGGCUGCAACGAGCGCCUGCAGGAGAUGAUGGGCCAAAUGGCGGCGGAGCGUGGCGGCAGCGUGUUUGCGACGGACGAGCGCUUCUGCAUCGACAACGGCAUCAUGAUUGCGCAUGCGGGGCUGCUGGCGCACAGAACGGGCUUCGAGACGCCGCUCGAGGAGAGCCAGUGCACGCAACGGUUUAGGACGGACGAGGUCUUCGUCAAGUGGAGAGACUAA